GUUAAUUUACGUGCAAACAAGCAGGGUAUUCGCAGACUCACAUCUUCUUCAUCCGCAGGUACAUGGCAUCAGUUUCCUCUAAAAUAUGGCGCAAUAACGCAACCAAUACGCCUCCUGCUUUCGCGUGUUUCUCAAGUUGCACGAAUCCUUCAUUGGCGGAACCUGGCCGGUUCUUUGUCGAUCACAUCAUAGGACGAAAACCUCAUUGCGGUAAUUCUGGGAGCUUUCUUUGGCUAGUCAAAUGGGAAGGCUAUCCUAUUGCUGACGCCUCUUGGCAAACGCAAGCUGAUUUCCCUCGUUCCGAAUACUAUACCUGUGCCUUCGAUGAACGAGCUAGGCGUGAAGGUCACGACGUUUCCGAGUAUAACAGCAAUAUACUUCUGCGGGAAGCCCGCGAUGCUGGUUGGAGGUAGUCUAUCGAUGGUGGACAGUUAUGCUCAAUACUUUUCUUUUUCUCAUUAUGUCCCUCCGUUCUUCUCGAUUAUGUCUUGUUACCAUUUUCUUGAUGUUUUGCUAUCGUCGAUUGAUACACUUUGUCGUUCGUGCUAUGCCGUUUUCACCUUAUAUUUUAUAUGCUUCAAAAUGUUUGUCUCGCUGUAGUUGAUCUUCCACAUUACUAUGCAGUAUGGAUAUUAACCCUUCUAGUACUAGUUGGCAUACGUACAGCUGUUAUAGCACUAAAGUCCUUCUAUACGAGUACACCUUUACUUCCGGACGAAUAUUCGACUGAUACAAAUACAUGCCAAUAAGAGGA